AUGAAAAUAAACUUGGUUCUGCUAUUUUUUUUAGUAUUAUUUUACAGUGUUGUAGAUAGUAGUUGUCCAAAUUGUUUAAAAGAAAAUGAUAUUUGUGGAACUAAUAAAGGAAAAUGUAGCUAUGAUACAACUUGCCUUUAUAACUCUUCUCUCACAUCAAAUCAAACUGGGAAAUGCAAUAAAUACUUGAGACAGGGUGAUGAAUGUAAAGUUGGUGAAAAAUUAUGUAUUGCUGGUACUUUAUGUCUUUUGGAUAAAGAAAAUGUUUACAGAUGUUUAGACUAUGGGUUUGCAACAUUAGGUGAAGAUUGUAAAUUAGAUUCUGAUUGUUCAACUAAUAAACUUGCUUGUAUUAAUGAUGUAUGCACAUUGAAACCUUCUGAAAACUGUGAUGGAUGGAAUAAAAUAAAUGCAAAUUGCAAAUAUAAUGAAUUUUGUUUAUGUUCAACAAAUUCAAACUGUUCUUGUGAAAAUAUAAAAUUAGAGGGUGAAUCGUGCACUUCUCCAGACGAUUGUUUAGGUAGAUUGGAUUGUAACAAUAGUGUUUGUACUAAAAAACAACCUCUUGGAUUAGGUGCUGAUUGUUCUGCUACUUACAAUUUUUGUGAUUACAAUAAAGGACUAUAUUGCUCAAAAGAUAUUUGUAUUGAAUACGUAGAACCAAGCCUAAGAUCAUGUAAUCCAAAUGCCACAUUUAACGAGUGUUUAGACUUUGAAAGAUGUAGUUGUUCAGAUAAUGAAUGUUAUCAAUCAAUUUCCCCACUAAAAACAAUGAAAUUGAUAUAUUCGGACGAAUUGGAAAUCUGUGCAUACGACAAUAAGUGCUCAUUAGUAGAUAAUAAAUUAUCAUCACAAUCCUGUCUUUCAAAAAAUUGUAGAAAAAUAAUGUGCGAAAAUAUUAAUGAUUACAAUAUUAAAGAAAGUGAUGAUUGUGGGAAAUUUGCAUUUGAAAGAAAUUUAUUUUGUAACUCAUCAUUUAAAAUAACUCAAUCAAUAACUGGUUAUCUAUUCAUUAUUUUAUUUUUUGUUUUUGUAAUUACUUUUUAA